GGGCAGCUUGGGCAGAACCACAAGAUUGAGCAAACAAAUAGGACGGAUGAAGGUUCUGCCAUUUCUUUGUCUAUCGAUCACUGAUAUUAUCUACUGCUGUUUAAUGGAAAAAGGUACAUUGCUUAGAGCAGUGACUUAGCGACACAUAAGAGAGUUUGGUGCUUCAAUUUGCUGGUAGCUGCAUACUCCGAAGUGUCAUUUCCGAGUCUAAGUCUUCCUGUCAAAGUGCACAGUGGCUUUUUUUUGUGAAGCAGCUACUUCGAGACGUUCGCCACUCUGUUUGCAGUGGUGACUGGACUGCACUCACUCAGCUCUGCUUCAACUUCCAGAACUACUACUAUGUUAUUUGCGUGUAAUUCGGACAAUUGGUGCACUGAAUGCAGACAUUUGUGUUGAACAGGAAAAGGAUUGCACUAUGCGAUGACGGCUGACUGAAUUCAAAAACUUGAAGGAAAUACGGCAGAGUUCAGGGAGAAUUUUAAGUGCUGUCUAUGGAAAUGCAGGAUCUAGCAAGUCCACAAGGUCGAAUAAGUGGAAGUAGUGAGUCUCCCAAUGGUCCAAAACUUGACAACUCUUGUAUUAAUAAUAAUUCCAUGACCCCAAAUGGCACAGAAGUCAAAACGGAACCAAUGAGCAGUAGUGACAUUGCUACAACGACAGCAGAGGAGUCUUUAGACAAUUUCUCAGGAAUUGGUGGUGGCUUUAGCCCAAGGGAAACACAUCACUUCUCUCCACAUAUUUAUCCUUCCAACAGGUCAUAUCCACACAUUCUCCCAACACCACCUUCACAAACCAUGGCUUCAUAUGGACAGUCUCCGUAUGCCACAGGAAUGCAGCAAACAGCAACUUAUGCAACCUAUCCACAACCAGGCCAACAUUAUGGAAUUCCAUCCUAUGGCAUCAAGACAGAAGGUGGAUUGACUCAAACACAGUCACCUGGCCAAACGGGAUUUCUAAGUUAUGGUUCAAGCUUUAGUGCACCUCAACCAGGCCAAGCCCCUUACAGUUACCAAAUGCAAGGGGGAAGUUUUACAUCGGCAUCAGGAAUUUACACAGGAAGCAAUUCACUUACACAUUCUACAGGCUUUAAUAGUUCACAGCAGGAAUAUCCUUACACAGGCUUUGGCCAGGGGCAAUAUGCACAGUAUUAUAAUAAUUCGCCAUAUACUUCUUACAUGGCAAGCAACAACAGCAGUCCAGCAACUCCUUCGACCACUACAACAUAUCAACUGCAAAGUUCACCAUCUGUCACAAGUCAGGCUAUUACAGAUGCCGCUACAGGAGAGUUCGGUACAAUCCACAGUCCAUCCACAACCAUUAAAGAUUCAGAGUCGGAUCGUUUACGCAGAGCUUCAGAUGGAAAGUCACGUGGCAGAGGCAGGAGAAAUAAUAACCCCUCUCCUCCCCCAGACAGUGACCUUGAGCGAGUGUUCAUAUGGGACCUGGAUGAAACUAUCAUUGUUUUUCACUCUUUGCUCACAGGGUCCUACGCCAAUAGAUAUGGACGGGAUCCACCCACAUCAGUGUCACUUGGGCUACGAAUGGAAGAAAUGAUCUUCAACUUGGCAGACACACAUCUCUUUUUUAACGAUUUAGAAGAGUGUGAUCAAGUUCACAUUGAUGAUGUAUCAUCAGAUGAUAAUGGACAGGAUUUGAGCACUUACAACUUUGCAACAGAUGGCUUUCAUGCUGCAGCAACAAGUGCAAAUCUUUGCCUAGCAACCGGUGUGCGUGGAGGGGUUGAUUGGAUGAGGAAGCUAGCUUUUCGCUAUCGGAGAGUAAAAGAAAUUUACAACACCUACAAAAAUAAUGUUGGAGGUCUCCUUGGUCCAACUAAGAGGGAAUCUUGGUUGCAGUUACGAGCAGAAAUUGAAGCCCUAACGGAUUCGUGGUUAACACUUGCACUGAAAGUGCUUACACUCAUUCAUUCAAGGUCAAACUGCAUAAAUAUCCUAGUCACAACAACGCAACUGAUACCUGCUCUUGCCAAAGUCUUGCUUUAUGGAUUAGGAAUAGCUUUUCCAAUUGAAAACAUAUAUAGUGCAACAAAAAUAGGAAAGGAAAGCUGUUUUGAACGAAUAAUCCAAAGGUUUGGGAGAAAAGUGGUGUAUGUUGUUGUGGGAGAUGGCAUUGAAGAAGAACAAGCAUCCAAAAAGCACACCAUGCCAUUCUGGAGGAUCUCAAGCCACUCUGACCUUAUGGCCCUACAUCAUGCCUUGGAAUUGGAGUACUUGUAGCAGGAAGUUGGCACUUUGAAAUGUAGGACCUUCACCCUCACUAUUCAUGAACUACAGAACUUCUAUCUUAUGGCAGCUUCUUACUACAAACUGUAUGGUGAGCCCCAAGUAUUGAAAUACAGCUGCAAUUUGUCUUAACCGUUGUCCUGACUUUAAAUGGAGCUGAUUGAAUCUCUGGGAAAGCAGCUGAUGGCUCUAAAAACUGAAUUAGCUAUGUACGGUCAAAAGAUAUGAUGUUGCUCAAUAAUGCUGUUUUAAUACAGGAGUUCAUACCUGUGAAGGAAAUAGGUUCAAGAAGAUGCCUAAUUCGUUCCCUGCUGAAUAAACAGGCAAUUAAAUGGUCCUCAGAACAGAUGUUAUGGCUAAUGCUUUAAGCAUUGAUGGUCAUAAGACCACAACUUGUAAAAAAUAUUGCCAUGAGGAAUAUAAAAUUUACACUGAAAAUUGAGUUGUACAAAUGCUAGUGACAUAUUUUACUUGUGGAGAAAGGUUGCUUCCAUUAUCACUGAUAUCCAGGACACUCCUAUUAUUUAUGAACUGAUUGUUUUGUGUUAACAACAAUUAUGAAGGUACUUAUAGUAGAUUUUUGCCAUCGGACGCAACAAGCACAUUUGAUUCUGUCAUGUCACAAAGUAGUUUACAGAAAAGAAAGUUUUCUUAUAAUUUAAGAUGACUGUUUACUUUGCUAAGACAAUCAUGUACAGAAAACGUCAUUUUUUGUAAAUUUGUAAUCAGGCAAUUAUUUUGCAUAUUGCUAUGAUAAAUGCAAUUGAAAGGUAGCAAUGCCUUGUCUGUGAUAGGUGCAGCAAGGCAUUGUGUGCACAAUGAAACUGUGCUGUGCCUUAAAAGAGUGUUGGUCUGUUAAGAUGCAAUGUUUUUUUCAGUAAAUAUGUAGAUAAUGGAUUUUUUUGAGAUAAUUUUGUCAAGACCAAAAUCACGGAUGUCAUGUGUCAAGGUUUAUCUACUUCCUUUUUCUAACUUUCCUAUUUCCCCAAAUUAAUUUCAUCCUUUUUUCUUCAAAAGAAUACAAGAACUACUCUACUUGAAUAAACUAGAAAAUAAUUCCCUACUCCCUUAAUACACAAGUAAUGUGGAUUAUAUAGUAUAUAUUUUUAUUAUAAAAGCUGUUUUCUUUUAAUACCAAGUAGCAUGUGGAAAACUUUACUAUAAAUGUAUGCCCUUCUAGUGUCCACUUUCUUUUGUAUGGAAUCACAUGAGCAAAAUAAUGUUUAAAUUGUUUUUCUCAAAUGAUCAGGUCCUUUUCGUACUGUCAGUUUUUCAAGCAAAUGUUAAUAUUGCCAACUUACUGAACUUUUAACUAAUAUUUUGGUAGGACUUGAUCUUACAAAGCUUCAUCACUCUUUAUUGCAGAAGACUACAGGCAUGACCUGUUUACUGUUAAUGCUCUUCUAACUAUAGAAUGCCUUCCCUUUCUCCCCACCAUAUGGUCUCUGCAGAGGAUCUGAUAUUCUUCCCAUUUACUUAAAAGACUUAUUUCUUUGUAAAAGCUUAUUCCUUUAUAAUGUCUCACAGGAGUCAUGCAUCACAGCAAUUGCAAAAAAAAGUAUAUUAACAUAAAAGCUCUACCGCUUCAUGAUUUAUUAAAUGGGUACUGCUGAUAGAUCAAGACCACAGUGAACAGUUGUAGCUAAUUGGUAAUUGAAUGUUUGCAAAUAAAAACCUAUAAUAGUAAAAAUUACUGUGGAUUAUCAUUUUGCGUUUUGCAGUAAGAAUGAAUGACUGGAAACUAACACACUCCACUUAGCCUCAGUGUAAAGAAAAGUGUGUUAUGUCUGAAAAGUACAUGUACAAACCAUUCUUAUGAAUUAUGAGUUUAAGUUAAUAAAAUUCAA